UCAUAAUAAAAGCUGUAUCCAUGUGGAAACAGCGCCACCGUGUGGACUGGAGGACAGAGACUUGAUCUGAGUUUAGUUUAUUGAGGAACAUAAAGGGUUAAAAGUCAGAAAUUAAUUAAACUGUUAAUGAUCAGGACUGAAGGGGAUUAAAAGAUUUAUUUAAAUAAAAAAUGUUAAUUUAUGCUAUUUGAUGGCGUUUUUGAAGAGGACACGUUUGUCUCCAUCAGGACACGAGGAUUAAUUCAGUUCAAGAGUUUUAAUUCACACCGUCGCCUUCAUCCUCCUCAUCCUCCUCUCAGCUGUGAAUCAGUCACGGGACGAUGAGUCGCACCCAGUCUCUCGUUUCCGCUUUCACGGAGCAGAUUUAAUUCUAUUCAAUUCAGUUUUAUUUAUAUAGCGCCAAUAACAACACAAAUCGUCUCAAGACGCUUCACAAAAACCAGCCUGAAACCUCCAGAGCAGCCUGAGGGAAAAACUCCCUUUAACAGGAAGAAACCUGGAGCAGAACCAGCUCACAUUUAAUCACUAAGUAUUUAUUUCUGUUUUUAGCUGGAGGCCGCAGAGACGGACUCACCUGUCAGGUAAAGUCCAGGUAGAGUGACCUGGAGAGAGAAGAGGGUUUAGACCACAAUGCAGAACCAGAACCCCAAGAGGACUGGUCCGGCUCAGAGACCGGUCCUCCCUCAGGUCAGAUACCACCCCUCCAUCCAGACCACAGGAGGUGGAGUUACAUCCACCAACAGAACCCAGAGGAUCCAGAACCAGGACACCACCAACAGAACCACUCCUGCUGCGAGACCAGAUCCAGAUCCUCCUCAGAACCCUAAGAGAGCUCCUCCCAGACCAAAGCCGGAUCCUCAAGAAGUCCAGAACCAGGACACCAACAACAGAACCACUCCUGCUGCGAGACCAGAUCCAGAUGGAGGACAGAGACCAGAGCCGGUCCCUGUGGGGUUGGGGGUCCAGAUGGACAGGGGUCUGGUGGAGGACGUGGAGGUUCUGACCCGUGGACAGAGAACCAACCCGGACUGGUUUGCCUGGAGGAAGAACCGGAUCACGGCCUCUGUGGCUCACAGCAUCGCUCACUGCAAGUUUGUUAACGGCAGGAGCUUGACUCCGCCCUCCUCCUACCUGGCUGCUGUCACAGGUGAGGGGCCCAGAGUCCAGACCAGAGCCAUGAGCUGGGGGGUAGAGAUGGAGGCUGAGGCCGUCCGGCGGUACCAGGCGCUGAAGACCUCAGCGUUGGGUCGGCCGGUCUCGGUCCUGGACUGCGGUCUCUUCAUAGACCCCCGGAGGCCCUGGUUGGCUGCCAGUCCUGACGGCAUCGUGGUGGAUCACAGGACGGGCCGACGGCUGCUCUGCCUGGAGGUGAAGUGUCCCUACAAACACAGACACAGACGAGUGGAGGACGCCUGCAGAGAGGACAAGGCCUUCUGUCUGCAGAUCCAGGACCAGGAUGGACACCAGGACGGACAGCCUCCGUCCUACCGCCUGAAGACGUCCCACAGCUACUUCACUCAGAUCCAGUGUCAGCUGGCGGUGACGGGUCUGGAGAAGGCCGACCUGGUCGUCUUCACGCUGGAGGAGACGGCCGUGGUCCCAGUGGAUUUUGACCCCGAGCUGUGGGAGGAGACGGUGUCCAAGCUGGAGGUUUUCUACAGGGACGCCGUCCUGCCCCGCGUCAAACAGAGGACACGAGAGACAUCGGCAGCAUGGACGCCAGAGCAGUAGAGACAUCUAGGACCUGGACCCGUAUUCCUAAAGGUUCUGAGAGCAAAGAGUUUCCCUCGAGGUUGUUCCUGGAUGGAGGUAAAGGUGAAAGGUUCCUAAAGAAGGUUCUGCAGUGAGAUGUGCUGAGAGCAGGGAGGAGAACUUUAAGAGGCUUAGAGAGGAGAACAUGGUGGAAAGAAGAGGAGGAGAGAUAUUCUCCAAACACUGAAUGAUUGAUUCAGUCAGGAGCUACAUGAGCUUCAGGAGGAUCUGGACUUUAUUUAGAACAAACCAGAAAUCAAGAUGUUUACAGAGAAAAGACUGGAUCAUGUUAGAGACCAGAACCCAGAGGGUGUUUGCUGAGAUAAGAUGUUUUAUAGGUCAUUUUAUUUGAUGAGAAUAAUUAACGAUAUGAAAUGAAUAAACUCAUGUUUCUCAUCUCACCUUUUAGACAGAGAGAAGUGAUGACUCUGAGCUCUGACGUCUCCUGUUCAAUAAAAAAAAAACUUUCAACCAAACGUCUGAAGAGUUUACGUUAGAAAAACUGACUUUUCAUUUAUUCUGUAGGUGUCUGUGGUCCAGGAAGUGGUCGCCAUGGUGACCACUGGUCCAGGAAGUGGUCUCCAUGGUGACCACUGGUCCAGGAUCAUCGUUUCUAUGAAUCUAUUAACC